AUCCAUUCUUUCCUCUCCUUUCUGCCCUUAUAUUUCCUCUCUCGAUACGAUCUUACCCCUUCAGCCUCUCUCUCUCUCUCUCUCUCUCUCUCUCUCGUCCUUUUCCCUAAAGGGAUUUUGGAGUACUUUUGAGGAUUCGAUCACACGAGCGAUCUUGGGUCUAGAAAAAGGUUAGAAUCGAGAUACAGGUUAUGGAUCGACCGCGAUGCCUGGUGGCGAUGGUUCUGAUCUGCCUGCUGUCGAUUUGUCACGGGAGAGGACUUAGAGUUGGUCACAAGAACGACGGUCAUGUAUAUAAUCAUACUCUUGCCAAGAUUCUUGUUGAAUAUGCUUCUGCUGUGUACAUGUCGGAUCUGACUGCAUUAUUUACAUGGACGUGCUCUAGAUGUACUGAUUUGACAGAGGGUUUUGAGGUGGUGGAGCUGAUUGUUGAUGUUGAGAACUGUUUACAGGCAUAUGUUGGUGUAGCUCAUGACCUUAACGCUGUCAUAGUUGCCUUCAGGGGAACUCAAGAACAUAGCAUUCGCAACUGGAUUCAAGACCUCUUCUGGAAGCAGCUGGAUUUGAACUACCCAGACAUGCCUGACGCUAUGGUGCACCAUGGGUUUUAUUCUGCUUAUCAUAAUACAACUCUACGUCCUGGGAUUGUUAGUGCUGUUCAAGAGGCCAGAGAGUUGUACGGAGAUAUUCCUGUCAUGGUUACAGGGCAUUCCAUGGGAGGUGCUAUGGCUUCCUUUUGUGCACUUGAUCUUACUGUCAAUUACGGAAUACACAAUGUUCAACUCAUGACAUUUGGACAACCUCGAGUGGGAAAUGCUGCUUUUGUGUCGUACUUCAGCAAACACGUGCAGAAUGCAGUUAGAGUUACCAAUGAGCAUGAUAUUGUGCCACAUUUACCACCUUAUUAUUCUUACUUUCCCCAAAAGACAUACCAUCACUUUCCAAGAGAGGUAUGGGUCCAUAAUGUCGGAAUAGGCAGUCUUGUUUAUAUGAUCGAGAAGGUUUGUGAUGGUUCUGGUGAAGACCCUUCUUGCAGCAGGUCUGUAAGUGGGAACAGCGUAUCAGAUCACCUGGCAUACUUUGGUAUCGAGAUGCAGGCAGAUACUUGGGGCACCUGCAGAAUCGUGUUCCAUGGCAAUAUGGUGCAGUACCAAGUAGACCUUGCAGGAAACAUCGUCUUGUCAAAGCGGCCUGGGGUUUCAUCAGUUCUACAACAAAGUGUAGAAGCAGAUAAAAGUAGGAAUGCCAUUUAGCAUUGUGAGGAAAAUUGUCAAACAAAGCGAGAAUAACAUCCUCCCAAUAGCCCCAUGAUGAAAUAAUAGAAGAUCCAAAAGAUUAACUACUUGUACAUAGUUAUUAUGGUUGCAAGUCCUCACAAAAUUGCCAAAGCUGUAUUUGUAUAUAUAUAUACAUACACACUGAAUGGGCCAAUCAAGAAACACUGAUUUGUACUUUCUGGGUUAAUGAUUUAACAUGAUAUUGUAGAAUAAGUCUGUCUUUGCCA